AUGCCGCCGUUCUCGAAGAGCGGCCUCCAGGUACUCGCUGGCGAGUACCUGGCUGGUCCUCUUCUGAAGUGGGACGACUUGUCCCUGUUUGACCAGCUGUUUGCCGCGGGCUCUGAGCCCGAAAUGUCUGUCCUGGCCUGGGAGCUGUCCGAGCUCCUUUGCACCAUGGUCAUCGUCGUGGGGGCCGGAUCCCCCAAUGCCUACCUCCGUGCCGUCCUCGCUCCUGAGUUUGCGUGGUUCGGCUUGCACCGGGCAGGGAUGUCACACCCUGGUAAGGGCUCAUCUCCAAUCAUUGAAGGAAAAACGAAUACUAAUCUGCGGUUAGCCCAAGUGCCCACCAACACCUCCGACCUCCUCAACCUCCUCCACUCCCACCCCCUGGCCGCAUCUGUGGCCCUCCACCAAAACCUCGGCGUCGGCGACCAGUGGAAGUCCCUGGUCGGCCGUCUGUGGGCUCACUUCGAGCCCUACGGCUCCAAUCUCCCCGCCGACAACGACCUCCUCCCGCGAAUGGAGGAGGACUUCGGGGAUGUGCUGCCCAUGGAGGGCGUUGAAUUUGUGUCUGUCUCUGGUGUCUACAUGGACACCAUGAUCCGUGACAUCUCUCCGGAGAUGGAUGUCUGUGUGGAGCCUGGGGAAGUGUCUGCCUCCGACCCCCUGCUCCCAUGA